AGAUACCGUAGAUUCUUGGCUGACUAUAGUUGGUCAAUAGUCGAUAGAUCAAAUUGUUGACGUAUUUUUAAGUUAGUUUGUGACUACGUUACGAUCAGAGUUGAAUCAACUGUACUGUAUCUGUAGGUUGUCUAAAUUAUUUACAGUAUAUCUUUCAACAAUAAUGAAAUAUAACUAUCGUAUAAGGUAUCUUUUAAGAUUUUUAUUUAUUUUCAGACAUGGUUACGAUGGGCGAACCCCUCACUUUAGCAAAUGAUGUUAAAAGAUCUAUUGAAUUACUAGACAAAUUACAAAAAGGCGGCGAGGUACCUGCAACAAAAUUAGCUGCCUUACAGAAAGUUUUGCAAAGUGAUUUUCUUAGUGCUGUUCGUGAAGUAUACGAACAUGUAUAUGAAACAGUGGACAUACAGGGAUCUCAAGAUGUUCGUGCAUCAGCUACAGCAAAAGCAACAGUUGCUGCUUUUGCAGCAAGCGAGGGUCAUGCACAUCCACGAGUGGUGGAAUUACCAAAAACCGAGGAAGGUCUUGGUUUUAAUGUAAUGGGCGGCAAAGAGCAAAAUUCGCCAAUUUAUAUUUCACGAAUUAUCCCUGGCGGUGUUGCUGAUCGUCAUGGUGGUUUAAAACGCGGUGAUCAGCUUCUCUCAGUGAAUGGAGUGUGUGUGGAAGGAGAAAACCAUGAAAAAGCAGUAGAACUUUUAAAACAAGCACAGAAUUCUGUGAAACUAGUCGUGCGAUAUACUCCACGUGUUCUGGAGGAAAUGGAAUUACGAUUUGACAAACAAAGGGCUGCACGUAGGCGCCAGCAUAUGCAAUAAAAACAAAAGUUGUUAUAUUUCAUUACUUUUUUUCAAUGACCAUAUACAUAUUGAUAUCAUUUAAAUGUUUACUUCAUUAUUCGUAUGUACACUAUGAAGUUAUUCAAGCAAUGACUUAUGACAUUUAUGAGAUUUAAUUUUAAUAAUAUUUUACAAUUAUUGCAACUAUCGCUGCUUCAUAUGUUUUAAAAAGAUAUUGUGUAUGAAUGUUAUAUAGUUUUAAGAAAUAAACUUGAAAAAUAAAGUAAAAUCUA